AUGACUAGUGAAAUUCACUCUUUCUUUGAUACCAAGGAUUAAUUGAAGAAUAAGAUUUGGACAAAGUUUUGCAAAAAUUAGUAUAAAGUAAACAUUUUAAAAAUUUAUUUAGAAUGAUUUUAUUGAAUACUAGUCUGAAUGCAAUCGAUUGAGCAAAACUCAUAAGUAAUUAAAGCCAUUUAGUAUUUAAAUUGGUUAGGAAACUUUAUAUGCUUUCAAAAAUUAGUAACCAUAAGGAAUGGUGUAAUUGACUGUUACAGUAAUGUUAUUUAAACGAUACGAUGACUAAGAAUUCAUUAGAUUGUAGAGAAAUGGCCAGUAUGUAGAUAUAGUCAUAGAUAACUUUGAGUAAUUAAAGAAAGUCUUAAUUGGUAAGUGUGUACUGACAACUUUCCAUAAUGAUUUUAAUGUUCUCAAAAUGAUAGGAAAGGGAAGUUUUGCUAAUGUAUAUUUGGCCAAAAGGUAAUCAAAUGGAGUUCAGUACGCUGUAAAAGCUUUUAGCAAACUGUAUAUUCAUGGUCAAUUUAGAGGUAGAGAGGGUUUAGAAAAUGAGAUCAGAGUGAUGAGGAGAUUGAAUUAAGAGAAUAUUUUACAUCUUUAUGAAGUUCAUGAAACUUAAAAUUCUAUUUAUUUUGUACUGGAUUUAUUGGAAGGGGGAGAAUUAUUGAAGAGAGCUCAAUCUAAAAUAUAUUCAGCAUAGAAAAUCCAGCAAUUAAUGUACAACUUAAUAAAAGCAUUAUUUCAUAUUCAUUCAAAAAAAUGUAUGCAUAGAGAUUUGAAACCAGAAAAUUUGUUAUUAAAGAGCAAAGAUAAUGAUACAGAUAUAGUAAUAGCAGAUUUUGGACUUGCUCAUAUAAUGGAUUAAUAGCCACUUUAUAAAAGAUGUGGAACUCCAGGAUUUGUAGCUCCUGAGAUUUUGAAAUACAAUGAUGGUGGUCCAUUUUACAAUGAAAAAUGUGAUAUCUUUAGUACAGGAGUAAUAUUUUACUUAAUGAUUACUGGUAUUUAACCAUUUAGUGGAUGUGAAUAUUAGGAGAUAUUGUAAUCUAAUAAGGCAUGUCAAAUUAAUUAUGAUAUCCCAUAAUUUAACAAGGUAUAUUAUAUUAAAAAUUAUAAUAAUUAGGGUCCUUAACAUUUGAAGAAUUUAUUGAAGAAAAUGUUAAAGGCUGAUCCAGAUGAAAGAUAUACUGCAGAAGAAUGUUUGAAACAUGAAUAUUUUUAAGAGAUCUACAAUUAAGAUGAUUUAUUAGAUAACAAGGAGAAUUUAUAAAAAUAUGAAUUGGAAUUCAUUUCACCCUUAUAAAGAAAGAAGUAUAAUAAUUAGUUUAGUAUUUUAGUUCUUAGGAAAGUUAAGAAGGUUCUAUGUUAUUGAUGAGUAAAUAAUAAUAAUGGAAUGGUUAAACUGAGACAAUAGGAUCUUUGUCUAAUUGUUCAAAUGUUGGUUCAAAUAAUAAGGCUGAUAAAUAGUAGACUUAUCUAUCUAAAUUCAGUUAAUUUUGUUCAUAAAUGAAACAAGAAGGAUUAGUUUAAAAUAAUUAAAGUAUUUAGAAAAAGAAAAAUCGUUAAGAUUUACACAAAUUUGCAUUAUAAAACAGUUAUUAAUAAAAGUAAAGAAGUAAAGAUGAUGAUUAUGUAAUUGAUGAUGAAUAAUCAGGAAUUAGUAAUUAAUUAUCUUAAUUAAAUGCUUAAUUACCAAAAAUGGGAUUUUUAAAGAAGAGUCAGUCUUUAGAUGUAGAUUGA